AGGAUGCAGACGGCGGCGGGCGAGGAGGAUGGAGGCCGGGGAGGCAGCGCCGGCGGGGGCGGGGGGCCGCUCCGCGGGCGGCUGGGGCAAGUGGGUGCGGCUCAACGUGGGGGGCACGGUGUUUCUGACCACCCGGCAGACGCUGUGCCGCGAGCAGAAGUCCUUCCUCAGCCGCCUGUGCCAGGGGGAAGAGCUGCAGUCGGACCGGGAUGAGACCGGGGCCUACCUCAUUGACCGUGACCCCACCUACUUUGGGCCCAUCCUGAACUUCCUCCGUCAUGGCAAGCUGGUGCUGGACAAGGACAUGGCUGAGGAGGGGGUCCUGGAGGAAGCGGAGUUCUACAACAUCGGCCCACUGAUCCGCAUCAUCAAAGACCGGAUGGAAGAGAAGGACUACACGGUCACCCAGGUCCCACCCAAGCAUGUGUACCGCGUGCUGCAGUGCCAGGAGGAGGAGCUCACGCAGAUGGUCUCCACUAUGUCUGACGGCUGGCGCUUCGAGCAGCUGGUGAACAUCGGCUCCUCCUACAAUUACGGCAGUGAGGACCAGGCGGAGUUCCUGUGCGUGGUGUCCAAGGAGCUCUACAGCUCCCCACACGGGCUGAGCUCCGAGUCCAGCCGCAAAAGCAAGAGCACGGAGGAGCAGCUGGAGGAGCAGCAGCAGCAGGAGGAGGAGGUGGAGGAGGUGGAGGUGGAACAGGUGCAGGUGGAGGCAGAUACCCAGGAGAAAGCCCAGUCAUCUCAGGAUCCCGCUAACCCUUCCUCCCUCCCACCACCGCCUCCUCCGCCUCCUGCUGGAGGUUCCCGUCUGCACCCUCUCAGACCUGAGGCCGAGCUUGCAGUGAGGGCUUCUCCUCGGCCCCUCGCCCGCCCCCAGAGCUGCCACCCCUGGUUUGUAGCUUGGCGGAGCUGGAGAGGGGGGUGGAAGCGAAGAGGGUGCUCAUCUCUUGUUCCUUGGACUUGAGCUGAGCUUUUUGGCUAAUUUUCUCCACCCACUAAAGUUUCGCAACCGAUCUUGGCCUUGGGGGCGAGGCUGUGAGAGGAGAAGAGAGUUAAGGGGUGGGAACUCUGUCCUCCCACCCGCCAGUCAGCCCGGGGCCAGGCUGGGGAGGAGGGAAGGAAAGCUGAAGCCAGAAGCCUCCGCCUCCUCCCUGCACGUCCAGGAGGUCCUGCCUCACUGCCUGUGACACUGAGUUCCCUCCUUCUGUGGGGAUAGGGAAGAUGGCCACAUUUGUGUACCCUUGGCCUAUGAGGAGUCAGCCAGAGCCAGCUAAGGAUUGCAGUGUGGCAGAAAAGCCCUGGCCAGGUGCCCACGAGCCCCUACUCUACCUUAUCUGCCUGCUCUGUGACCUUGGGCAAGUCACUGUCCCUCUCUGGGCCACACUUACCUCUGCAAUGGGGACAGACAGCUGGUCUCUGUGCCUCCUUUUGCCUGGGGUGGUGCUGACCUGCCUCUCCUGGCCUUGACCCCCGGGUCAGAGUCUUGGCCGCAUCUGGCCAUCCCUGGGCAGAUUCCAAGAUGGGGCCUGGGGCUCCUGGACGGGUUGGUUGGGGUACCCCUCCUGCUCCCCUCCUCCUCAGUUCUGAACCCGCCUCCUCCGGGCCUCGGCCCCCCUCCCUCCCACAGAAGGGAGCCUGUGACUCACCUGCCUUUCUCUCUCCCUCUCCCCCCCAUUUCAAUCUCCUCUCUGCAUCACCCCCUCCUCACCGCCCGUCCUCUCCCAUCCUCCUGCCCCUUCCCCUCCCCCUCUUAUUUUCUAGCUGUUACAAGCCAGAGGCACCCGGAUGUGAGGCCCCAGAUCACCUCCAGGGACUUGGGGUUCCCAUCUGAAAUCCUUUAUUUUUGUUCCACGGGGUGGGCUCCUGGCCCGAGACGGAAGAAGCGCUCUCCCUGCUGCCACCUCUGUCUGCGCCUGUGGGGCUGUGAUGCACCCCUGCCUCCGGGGGCGGGCGGGAGGCACACUGGGACCUCUCAAGGCCUGAGGUGGGCCCUGGGACCCCUGGGCAGAGCCACCUGCCCCUGGCCAAAGUGUGGCACUGUCCAGCUGUGUCUCCCAGGCCAUGUCCCCUCCCCUGGGUACCCCUGCUGCAUGGUGGAUGCACUCCCCCCCUGCCCAGUCACAUCACCUCCUUGAGCCUUAGGCGUCCAGGGGGGUGACUCCUCCCACCCCCCCACAUCACAGGGUUGUGGUUAGGGUGCAAGAGAAGCAAGGCCCCCCGGAAGCCCGGGGGAGUGUCUCGGGGCUGCCCUCCCCUCACCUCCCCCUGGAGGGGGAGGACCCAGCCCAAACCCCAGGCAGAAUGCUGGGUUUGUGAGUGGAGAUUCAGGGACUGGUGGGGGUUUGGCCCUGUCAGAGGAGGGGUGGGUGACUUGGCCUUCACUUUGGCUGUCCCACCUACCCGCAGCCAUCUGCAUCGCUGGCAGAGUGCCCUGGCCUGGCGGGGGGGCAGAGGGGGCUUGGCAGGGGCAGUGGAGCGACUCAGAAACUUGUGAUAGAGAAGGGGACAUUCCCCUCUGCCUAGGGGAGGGUCUGGGUGUGACGGGGCUGAGCGAGGGGCCCCUCCUGCAUUUGGCCUCCUAGGCUGGGCACGGGCUUCUCAUCCGCGUCCGACCCCCACCAUGUAAUAAAACCUGAAACCUAAAGAAACAGCCCGGCCUGGCUACCUCCCUCUUUCUCUGGACCACUUGUGGGGACAGGCUAAACUCAAGGCAAGGUAGACUGAGCCAAAGGAAUGGGGCUUUUCCUAAAGCCCAGGGACCCUGCCUAUGGGGACGAGGGGCUGGGGGGCACUCUAGCUCUUCUACCCAGAGGCCAGACAGGGAGCAUACUGACUCUAUGCUGGGAGCCAGGAGGUGAGAACUGUAGGCAGAGGCCCAGCCUGCCUCUGCUGCAUCCUGACCCCGGGAUAUCCCCUCCACUGCUGCUCUGACACCUCCGCCCUCCCUACCGCUGCCACCCUCUGCCCCUAGUGCCAGGAAGUAUGGACACCUAGGACCCCACACUCUCCGCCUUCUCUUUCCUGCCCAGCCAGGACCCCGGCCCCUCACCCCACCGUGGCCAAUUCCCUCAACUCCCUAGUCCUGCCACGUCUCCCAGCUGGGGGGCAAUCCCUGCCAGGCGGUGCCCCUAGGUGAAGACCCUCCAUGCGCGGGGCGCUCACCACUCCCUCUGGGGACACUCCACUCCCAAAGGUGACCUCACAUUCUGCAUCCAACUUAGCUUGCAAGGGUCACCAGGAGACUUGUCAAAGAACAGAUUACCCUCCUCCCCACCAGGAUUCUGAUUAGUUAAGACUGUGGUGGGGCCCAGGGAUUUGCACUUCAGCAAAGCACCCAAGCUGAUCCCAGCUGUAUUCUGCCCACCCCACUGAGAACUGUGAGCAGCUUUAGCGUCCUGCCCACCCCUGCCCGCCGAGCUGGCCCAUCCCUUCCGGGCAGGACCCAGCUGGGGCUCUCCCUGUCCCCACUGCCCUUCCACCUCAUCCACCCACGCACAGGUCAGCGGCUCCCCUCUCCAGUCUGGGUCCCCCUCGGAGGCACCCUCUCUUCCUUCUCCCAGUUAGGCUUCAAGAAAGAGUGGUCCACACUUGUCUCUCCCACACCCACCUCCAGCUGGCCUCCUGGCCCCAUCGCCACUGCCCUCGUAGGUCCUGGUGACCCUGCGUCCUGAGCAAGCUUCCAGGCCGUCCCACGGUGCAGCUGGGUCCAGGCCCCAUCCUCUCCUCCCUGACGGUCUCCCUGCCCGCAGCUCCCUCCACACUGGUGUCAGUGGGUGGUCCUGAGAUAAGAAUCCACUGUGUCAGUCCUCUGCUAGAGCCUUCCAUGGCGCCCCACGGCACUCAGGGUCAAGUCCUUAGCUCAGCUCCAGGCUUCUCGUCAUCCAACCUGUCUGCCCCCUGAGCUCCUCUUCAGUCCUUCCCCUCCCAACGUCUGCUCUAACAAACACAUGACUUGCUGUUCCCUAACAUGCCAUGUUCUUUUGGGACUCUACGCCUUGCACACGCUCUCCCCCUGUCUGCAAUGCCCUUCCCCACCUUGGCCACCUGUGAAGCCCAGCUCAAGUCUCAUCCUCCAGGCAGCCUUCCCUGCCAUUCCUGGUGCCACCCACAGCCCCCUCCACUUGGUCAUCCUCCCCUCCCCGCUGCUCCGGAGGUCAGGGGCGUGGCCCUAAACAGUCCUUGGCAUAGUGGGAGCCCAUGAAAUGCUUGUUCAGUAGGCGACUCAAAGAAUGCAGAGGGAGGCAGGGAGUCGUGCUGGAGGGAGCCAGGAGGUCUGCACUGCCUCUACUCCUAACCCCCAGCGCCGCCGUGAGGGCACCCUUGCACCUCUCUGUUUCCUCCCAAGGUUACAGAAAGAGCCCAUCACUGGACCAACCCCUCACUCUGACCUGGGGGUCCCAAACCAUUGCCUUCCUGGGGUUUCUCCUGGGAGCUGGGCAGCUGUCUGGAGGCUCCAGUGCUCAGUGGCCACGCCUGCCUCCCCUGACCCCACCCAGCCUUCUGGACACCGGGGGAACAGGCUGAGCAGGAAGCAGGGUCUGCUUCAGUCGGGGGCAUGAGGCUGGUGCCGGGUCCCCAUUCACAGUCCAGCAGCAGAACUUUGGGUCAGGUGGCUUUAUUCCCCAGGGCAGCUGGGCUCAUCUCACCGCCAGGGGGAGUCUGGGCGGUGACGGCCCAGAUGGCAGGUAGGGGUGGGGCAAGGACCCUGGAGCCGGGGCUUCCCCAUCCUUUGGCUUAUGGUGGCAGCUGGCCCACCCAGCAGUCUCCAUGGCUCUGAGGGUCCCCUCCUAUGGGGCACCUUCCACCCCCACCUCGCACAUUAGACUGGGGCUCCACAGGCUGGAGGCUGCUCUCUGGAGCCAGGGCUGCCCCAGCAGCCUCUGCCCUGGGGAGGGCCUUCUCAGACACUCCUGAUGGGGACCUGGACGCCAGCAUUGUCACUGCCGAACCACUUCCCCACAAGGCAGCGGUGCAAGAAGGGGCGGGAGGAGAGAGAUUGGGAGACAGAAGGGCUGGAUGUGAACCCCUCCAGCAGAGACUGGUGGGCCUGGGUCCGGGGGACGUCUCGACCACCAGUGGAGGGCCCUGCUCCCUCCUCCUGCCGUCACUGCGGCAGACUUCAGGGAGCAGGUUGGGGACAGGAUGCCACCUCCUGCCUCCAUAGGGCCUGCCUGCCCCUGCCUGGUGCUUGCCCUGGGCUCUGAGUCCAGCAGGUAGGCCCCAGCUCUCCAGAGGCAGCUCCUCAGGUGAGCACCUGCUGGAUCCAGCCAAUCACACCUGUGAUGCGGGUGUAGACGCCAAAGUAGUUGGGCCGGCCACAGCCCAGGCCCCAGCUGACCAAUCCUGCCAGGAACCAGCGGCCACUGGGUGCCUGGCACACCAGCGGACCACCCGAGUCACCCUGAAAGGGAGAGAGAGGAGGCAGGGCUGCGUCAGGGCAAGGGAACUCCCUUCCGGACAAGGGGAUGUGGGGGCCCCAGUCCUGACUGUUGGGAAUUUGCUGGGUGCAAGAAAGUCAUGUCCUCUUUUGAAGCUCUGCUUCCCCUGCACCUGCUAAGUGGAGAGAGCCCAGACCAGCCCUGCCCAGCAGGUCCCGGCUCUCGUGGAAGCGCAUCCCCACGCCUCCACUCUACCUCUGCAUUCUGUGGCUGACACCCCCAUUUCCUCCCCAUGUCCACUUUGCUGUGUGACCCUGGGCCAGGUGCCAGGGUGAGCAGGAAGCAGAACUGGGUUUGGGCCACCACAGGUUCUCUUCUGAUCUGUGGCCCUGCGACCCUGGGCAAACCCCUGACCCUCUCUGAGCUUCAGUCUCAUUUGAGAAGUGGGGACGACCAUCGCCAGCUGGCUGGGAGGCUGGGAGGCUUCAGCAGGCAGAUGCGCGUGAAGGGCCAGGCCCCCCUCCUGCCCGUGCCAGGGAGUCACCUGACAGGCGUCCUUCUUGCCCUUGCGGUAGCCGGCACACAGCAUGCGUGGUGUCACCUGAUAGCGGUAGGCCUCGCUGCACAGGUCCUGCGGGAUCAGCUGCACAUCCACCUUCUGCAGCGCGUUGCUGGUGGGGCCUGGCGUGGGGUCGAGGGCAGAGGUGAGAAGGUCUGGGGUGGCCAGGAGCCCCCCACUGUCCUUUCCAUUAUUCCCCUUGCACCCCAUGGGCUCUGCCCACCCUGCCCCUCCUGGGCAUAGUGCCUGCCCUUCCACCUCAGUCACCCGUUCUGGCUCCUUCUCUGCGUGGUUCAUGGUGACAGAGCCCCCCGCCAAAGCCUAUAGGACUAGGGUCUCCCCAGCCUCCUGCCCUUCCCUCCUGCUCCAGCGCCCCUGGAAAAUGGAAAAUGCUAAUAAUUAAGAGCCUCCACCCUUGCUGCCCAAGGUGCAGAGGCUUGGAGCUUGCACUUGGGCAUGGAGUCCCUGGCCUGCCCCUUUGCCUCACAUAUGUCUGUGACCUCUGUUCUCCUUAGGCCUUCCAGAAGGAAGGGAAGAGCCAGGAGGGUAGGGGGCGGGGGCCUAUGGACCUUAUUAAAAGGCGAUUUUCUUCUGUAAAAUCCAACCCAGUGGAAUGCCAGGGCCCCCUCCUCCACACCCAGGUGUUCCACCCUGUCUCCUCAGUCUCCUGCCUUGGGUCCCUUGCUCACCACCCUCCCGCAGGGCGCCCCAGCCCGUGAUCCAGCAGUGCAGGCCUGGCUCGAAGAAGUGGGAGGGUGCGGGCAGGCAGACGGGGCGCACGGCGGCCGAGCGCACCACGGGGUGGUCGAGCUGCACCAGCGCCACGUCGUAGUCGUGGCUGUCCUCUUCGUGGUACGGGUGCAGGAGCAGGCGGCUCACCUUGAAGGACACCUCGCCAGGCCAGCGUGAGCUCUGCCACACCUUGCCCAGGAACACGGUCCACAGCGCUGGGGACGCCAUGCUGGGGGCAGGGACAGGAGGAAGGUGUCCUGCUGCACAGCUGCCUCUGCCCAUCCAGGGACCCUCACGGUGGCCAGCUUCCCCGCCUGGGACACUGUCCUGCACACCCACCCCUCCCCUUCCCCCGAAGGCCUCCGCAGCUGGGGGCACAGUGUUCAGUGUUUGCCCUGGAGGCUCCUGCCUGGGUCCAACCCCAGCUUCAUCUCGCCCUAGAUACACGUGUGUGCCUCUCUAGGCCUCUGUCUCUGCAUCUGUGAAAUGGGAGUAGCAUUUUCUACUCACGUUCUUGGGAAUAAAACCAUGUAUGUAAAAAAUUUA